UCUGCUGGAUAAGACAGACAGUUGUGCACCAGAUGAUCACCGCUCCAUCAUUUCUGUUGAACCAAAUGUCCUCCAACGGUCCACCGUGGAUACAGCAAAUGCCCCGCGCGGAUGCCAUCCGUCCCGGAUGCUGAGAUCUCUGGACGUCCGUUAUGAAACGCGAUGCUGCGUUUGAGGCGCAGUGCGUUUUAGGAUCCGAUGUUUUAACCGCAAAUUAGGAUCGAGGAGGUCCGGAGGUCUUUUUUUGGGGGGGAUUGUGGAUAACAUUAAAGCUUCAAGACGGAGGGGGUGGUGGAGCAUCGAGGGAAAAACCGGGGCAACAUGAGAGAGCGGGACUUCAUGCCCAAUAUGGAGCGGGGCAAACCGGCGACCUACACGGGGGACAAGAAGGCUAAGAUGGCUGCGAAGACCAACAAGAAGUGGGUGAGACUGGCCACCGUCUUCGCGUACGUGUUGUCGGUGUCGCUAGCGGCCAUUAUCCUGGCCAUCUACUACAGCCUCAUCUGGAAGCCCACCACCUCGACCUCCGCGGCGGCGGCGGGGAAGCCGGGGACGCACGAGGACGUCACUCCCGCCACCAACGUCUCCGCGAAUGUUUCGGACUCCACCACGCAGACUGGACCGGGACCCGUGAACCAGAGCUGGCAGGCCCCGCUCACGCUGUCCUUACAGUGGGACGGAGGGAGAGACGAGGACGCGUCUUCUUCCCACGGACGCUCCACGGAGAGCUCGGACACGCGUGAGGACGCGGACCCGGACCCGGACCCGGAGCAGGCCACUUCUCCAGCAUCGCCCACAGAACCGGAGCCGGCCUGAGAGAGGAGACUGAUCAGGCCUCACCCCCCUCACUCUCACCCACGUCACUCAAAGUGAUGCUGUUGUUUGACAGCGGUGUAACGGAACACAGCUGGUUUCAAAAGCCCUCACUAUACACAGUAAUAGUCCGACAGUCUAUGAUAAGAAGUCAAAGUUUACAGUGACGGAGCAAGAUUUUCUUUCUUUAUCUGGAGUGAAAGUUAAAAUAUUAUUGAACAAAAUGAUUUAAAAUGAUUUCCUACACGACUGUGUUUGGGAAGCAAGCCAUAAUGAUACACUGAAUUUACCCAAUGGAAAGCUAGUCUUCUGUCGGCUCACGCCGCAGUGAUCCCCAAACUGCGCACUUGAAUGAUCAGAUCAGCUCUGGUUGUUGUCUUCUCACUGCAACAAAGUGUUGUGAGUCUCCUGCACACAAACAAGACAACAAGCAGAGGCUGAAUCAGUCAAGAGGCCUGCACCGUCCACCGACACGUGUGCCGUUACACCGCCAGCUGUUGACGCCGCAGGUCGGACCGAUGCAUCUCCUCGCCUCCUCCGGAUGCCGAACUGCACAGAUGAACACUGACUGUGUCCGCUCUUGCCACUAUGCUGUCUGUUAUGUUUUAUGUUUGCCUUAAACCCGCCUGUGUCCACUUUACCUCCGACUGUCCACACUGGUAAAGACAUUCUGAAAUUAGGGAGACACAAGCUUGACAUCACUGCCGUUCACUGGCUCGAAUAUUUGCAUCUAAAGGCCAUGUAUGGACGAAGCCUGGACUAUAAGGACCUGCGAUAUUGAGUUAUGCUCAGGUAUGUGCAUAAAACAUGUAAAUGUAACUGUGUAUGUACAUAUAGAACUGCCAUCCAUCCCUUUUUUGGCCUUGAUGAACCUAUAGUGUAAUUAGAUUUUUAUUAAAGCUACAAUACGUACGAUAGACAACUAUAUCACAAAGAUACAAAUAAAAAAUACUUUAAAAAAUUGACUGAAAAGUCUUAAAUUGUGGUUUGAUCUUCAUCACCGAUGACAAAG